GGGGCCCGACCUCCUGCAGCUACCGCCCUGCCCGGGGAGCCCCUUGGACGUCCCAACACCCCUGCCCCCAUCCCCGGCUGUCGGGAUGUCCAAGGGACUCCCCGGGCAGAGCGGUUUGGCCCAGCCCCGGGUUGGAGCCCGGUAGAAACAUGUCGGUGGGAGCCACCCGCCUCCCUCUAGCUGAAGUUUCCCGCCCAUGUCCCAAAGGAUCAGGUUUGCUCCCUCUCCCGGUGCUGCCACCGCUGCCAGAGGCCUCCUUGCCAAAUGGAGCAGGGCUGGGUGUCAGAUCCUGUGGGAGCAGCGAACACCUCAAAACCUCGUCUCAGCCUCGGCUCUCCCGGCUGUUUGGGGAAGCAGCGUGGCUGCACCGUGCCUCCCCUCCGGGGGGGAAGAAAACAGCAUAAACCGGAGCAUUUCAAAGUUGUCCUGCCAGGGCAGCGUGAGGACCGAGGGGCGUGCUGCGUUGCCACCCAGCAGCCCCUCACCACUGGCUGGGUCCCCACACAGGUGCCUCCACGCUCUGAAGGUGGGCUGGAAGGUGUGCUGGGCAAAGGCAGAGGAGGAGGAGGAGCAGAGACGCAUGGCCUUCCUCUCCCACGAUAUCAGCAUGCUGCGCCUCUUUGAGACCUUCCUGGAGAACACCCCGCAGCUCACCCUGCUCCUCUACGUUAUCCUGCAGACAAACAAGGCAGAGCCCUCCCAGGGACUGGGGAUCUGCACUGCAUUCCUGUGUGUGACCUGGUCUCUACUGGACUACCACCAGUCCCUGCGCUCCUUCUUGCAGGACAAGUAUGAGCUGAGCCUGGGCUCCUCCAUCAUCUACUUCCUGUGGAACCUCUUCCUCAUCUGCCCCCGCAUCCUCGCGGUUGCCCUCUUUGCCUUGCUCUGGCCCUACGGCGUGGCUAUCCACUUCCCGCUUGUGUGGCUGGCGAUGUUCCUCUGGGUCAGCCUGCAGGGCACGGACUUCAUGGAGUCACCUGGCCCCGAGCAGCUCUACCGGGCCAUGGUGGCCGUGAUCCUCUACUUCAGCUGGUUCAAUGUGGCACAGGGGAGGACACUGUACCGCAGCAUCAUCUAUCACAGCUUCAUCCUGGUGGACAGCACGCUGCUGGCCCUGUCCUGGCUCUGGUGCCGGUCCCCCUCUGACGAGCACUCGUACCUCAUCCCGGUGGUUUCCACUGCCCUGCCCUGCUACCUGCUGGGGCUGGUGCUGAGAGUCACCUACUACAAGUGGCUGCACCCCAACGUGCGGGCGCAGCAAGAGGGUGGCUUUGAUGAGGUGGAUGCCAAUGGGAGGACCAACGGGCUGGAGUUGCGCUCACUGUCGGUGCCAGACCUCAUGAACAAGCGAAUGCAGUGGCUGGCCCAGGCCCAGUUGCCUGUCUCCUGGCCGCUGGGGCAGCGCUUCCUGAAUGGGGCUGCUGCUCUUGAGUCUGCUGUCUGAAGCUGGCUUCUCCAAAGUGACUUGCCAGCAAGAUAGAGUUGUUUUAGUCCUGCUCCCAGUUCUGCCCCCCUCUCCCCAGGCUGUUUUGGGCAGCUAGAGGGACCUGGCGGAAACCAGGGGUGAUGUGCAAGCACCCGGCAAGUCCCAUGGCACACAGCACAGCUCCCAUGGCUGUGCCCUCAGGGAGAGCCAUGGUGUUUGUGGGGGGGGUUGUCCAGCAUGUUGUGACUGCACUGCAGUGUCAGCUUCUCUUGUUAUUUAUUAUUAGCGUUUUCC